AUGGGGUUAAGUGUUAUCCGCAUCUGCGACUACAGUACCAUUAUAUUUUCGGGAAAUAUACUCGUGUUGUUGAUGGUUGCCUUGGCAACGGAUUACUGGGAAUAUAAUGGUUAUGAUUUUGGAACUUUAAUGGAAGUUUUGCCUAAAAUGCACGACGUUGAAAUUUAUGUACCACGUGACACAAGAACCUACAUAGAGAUUGUAUAUAUUCAAGAUCAAACCGUUUUAAAUCAAACCAACGAACUAUAUGAUGUGUAUUAUCAACCACCAACAUUUGCUCGAGUGGAUUACCAACCUCAGAGUGAUGGUCGGAUAAAAAAAAUUACCAGAAUCUAUGUAUUUUAUCAGUAUAGUAAUUUAUUUAUAGAUUGCAACGAUUUAGAAGAUGGUGUAAGAAUACGAAUGGGUUUGAGAGAAGUCCAAAAUCAUAAAUGCAUAAAUUUUAUUUUUAUGCCUUCGAAUGACUAUAGAUCCCAGUAUGAUGAUGCAAUAACAGUUUUACGAAUAGAACGAGCAGCCUUUUCGUUUGGUUUAUUUAGCAUAAUUAGUAUGAUUACAUCACUAAUAACUGGUUCUAUUGGCUCGUUGUCAAGGAGACUAAAUAUGGUGACUGCUGCUUCUUCCUUAUCAUUAGCUUCCGGUAUGUGUUUGAUCGUAGCCAUCGCAUUAUUCAAUGGCAAGAGUCAUCUACAACAAAGAUGGCCACUAUUGCCUGAUUUAUACAUUCCAUUUAAAGAAGAACUUAUGAAAAGUAGAGACCAUACUUAUGGUUGGUCAUUUGUGUUAGCCUGGAUUUGUGUGGCCUUAAAUUUUACAGCCUCAUUUGUCUGGCUAUACAAGUCUCAAUAUAUGAUAGAUCCUCUUGAGCCAUCGAGACGUAUGGAUGAAGACGUGAGCCGUACCCGAAGGAAAUCUUCAGGAGGAAAAAUGUACAUUUCUUUUCCACACACAGUGGAGGAAGGAGAGACUUUCUGUGACUUAUAG